AGAGAGAGAGAGAGAGAGAGAGAGAGAGAGAGAGAGAGAGAGAGAGAGAGAGAGAGAGAGAGAGAGAGAGAUUCCCUCGGUGGGGAAGGACGCGCUGGAGGGAAGAGUGGGAGAAGGGAGGUGAAGAGGUGUACGGAAUAGCGUCAUCAUGAUGGAUACAGCUGACGUGGCGGCAGGAUUGAAGGUGAAGAAUGUGAAUUACAAGAUCCGAGCGGCGUCGAGGGAGACCCAGAAGGCGACAAAUAUUACAGAUCCCGAUCUACGUUCACAAUGGAACACGGGCACGAACAGCAAGGAGUGGGUUGUGCUAGAGCUGGAGGAAACAUGCCUCCUCUCAAGUAUUCGCAUUCACAACAAAUCUGUACUGGAGUGGGAAAUAUCUGUCGGAUUGCGCUUCAAGCCGGACACGUUUUCUAAAGUGAAGCCCCGGUGCGAGGCACCACGGCGCGAUGUCACGUAUGUAGCCAGCUACGGCCCGUGCAGGUUUAUCCGAAUAUCAUGCUUACGUGGCAAUCCCAUUGCAAUCUACUAUGUACAGGUUUCCGGGGUUCCUGUACCUGGACUGGAGCCAGAACUCACCCCAGUUAUUGAUCAUCUGCUGCCUCAGAUCAUUAACCAUAUGAGAGUGCCAUCAGAUCCCAACUUGCAGUUACUGCGCGACAUUGCUUUUCGGCUGUCACCAAUUCUUCCACAACUGGAGGCUGACCUUUCUGCCACUGGUGACGCAAUCGAGGAGUCUGUGAAGUUUCUUGGUUCAUUGGCUGGCCCAUUCUAUCCCAUCCUGGCAGCUGCUGUCAAUGCAAGGGAUGGUGACAAAGCGUUGGUGACAGACUUUGAACGCAGCGGGCAGGUUCCUGUGCCUGCGAUAUCCACAAACUUUCAGGGACCUCCGAAGAAGACUCGGGUGUUGGAUGGGCAUGCCCUCGCUCUACGGCCAGACAUGAUUGUGCAGUUGCUCCGCAGUGCUCACAAGGAUACGAAUCUGGGCACGGCAGCACGCAAGGUGGCAAGGAUAUUACGAAAACUUCAAAUGUCGCUGUCAACAUCAACAGCGGGGCCUCUGCGCGAAAUGAGUGGAGAGUUUGGUGGAGGUGGUUGGGCAGGGUCCAAUCUUGGAGGACUGCCACGUGCCACAGGUGUGGAAGAGAACCUGACAGAACAGGUCAAGGAACUGGGAAUGAGUCCUUCAGAUACUGGGUCCUUGGCUGGUGCUGGAGUGAACACUGGAGCAGGGGAUCUGGGUGACGAUAUUGUGGAGAUAAAGUCGCUGGUCACUCUUGACCCAGCAGCCACAGAAGAGGGCUUGCUCCAUGUACUCUAUGGAUGUGCAACCCAGCCAACAAUCUGUCGAAGGUUAGCAGAGAGCAAGGGUGAUUGGUCUGCACUCCUCCCACUUAUUCAAGCAAUGCUUCCAGCUCUUCGCCCUGAUCCAGGACUGGCAAAGCCAGAACAAAUGAGCAGCGCCUUUUGGCAAUGGAGGACGCCAUUAGCUUACCGUGCACUUUCACAGAUAGCUGCCCUGGCUUCAAACCCACCCUACAAUGACCUCUUGGACGUCUGCACGCCGUAUCUCUGCUCAGGGUCUGCAGUUCAGGAAAUGGCAGCAUCUGUCCUUGUUGAUCUAUGUGUUGGGCCCCUUAAUCCAUGGUUGUAUCUGGUAAUUGCAAAGGUUGACUUGGCUGUGGAGCUCGUAGAAGACCUCAUGGGCGUUAUUCAGGGUGGACACAGGACAUCAGCACAGUCACGGGCCGCUCUUCUCUUCAUCCUUCUUGCAUUGUCAGGGAUCAUUGAUGAUGAUCUGGAAAGGUUCAAGGAAAAGAAGCACAAGCUCCUGUUCCUGAUCGAUAUCUUGGAGCCGUAUUUGGUGAGAGUUCUGUCGCCAGCUGAACCCACAUUUACAUUUGGAAACAUUGGCAGUUUCGGUGACGUGGUUGGCCCAUCUGUCGGGUAUUUUAAGGAACAGGACUGUAUUCGCUCCAUGGCAUUUCUUCGUGCUGCGCUUCGAAAGGCCGAUGUCCUGCCUGCGAUGAUGAGAGAGUGGUCAAGACAGUGCAUCUCCCCCAGCAUUCUUCUCUCAAUCCUUGCUCCAGAGCUCCCUUUACCUGCUGGAUUGGAUGCAGUCCAUGCGGGGAGGAUUGGGACUGGAUUGGGAUCGAAAUUGCAACUGCAAGAGGGGACACCUGUGCGCGGCCCUUCAUUGUAUCCGUCCGACAAAGAUGUGCAAGAGUUGCAAGGUGGAAGAGUGGGAGCAGGGGGUGCCAGUGAAGGACAGUCAGUAAGGGUCUGCAGGUUCGGCGAUUUUGUGGAGAAGAAGCCUCCAGGUGAACUUGAGCCAGGUGGUGUGGAUUGGAUAACACCUGCCUUGGCCGAGGAACCAGUGACAGGUGCAGAAAGAGAUGAAGGGAAAGGAGGAGGAACGAGGGUUGGCAACGAAGAGGGCAGCCGGUUGUUUGCCCCACAAAUGGUGCAUGGCAUCUCCAUCACACCAGGCGUCAUAGGAGGAGGGUCGUGGGAUCCGAAAGGAGGUGGGCAUGGGCAUGGAUGGGUAGGAGGGGAUGGAACCAGCAGGGUGUCAGCUGUAGAUAUGGGAAGGAGGUAUGAGGGAAUGAGCGGAGUAGAUGCGGCAGCAGCUUGGUCGCUGAAAUCUUCCUCUGCAACUCUUGGUAACGACAAGAAUCCGAAGGGUUUGAUUCUCAAUGAUGCCACUGCAAAUGGCUAUUUCACCCUCCAGGCCGAGUACCUCCAAUUGACGAAUAUGGCUGAACGGGACAUGCGGGCUGGCGAGUUCAUACGGUUUGCUGAGGAACUCCAUGAGACUGUGUCUGGUGAUGCUUGUGAUGACCAUCAUCAAGUGUCUGUUGAUGCUCUACUUCUUGCAGCGGAAUGCCAUCUGAACCCAUUGUUUCUAGAAGAGCCAAGCAAUACCUCACCUUCUCAGGGGCCUGGCAGCAAUAUGGUGAAAGUCAGUUCGCCACCCAGCAGAAAGCAUUUUCCAUCUAGUCGACCUGGUGCAGCAUCAGUGUUUUCCUCAUUGUCGCUGGAUCGGGUACAGCAGUUGGAAGAAUCUAGAGACCGAGAGGUGCUUCGGAUACUCCUGCUGGCAGCUGAAUGGGAUGAUUCACGUGUGCCACAUGACAAGUCAUUUCCAUCCGAUGUCGAUGCUGGUGCUGAUUUGCUCUCUCUUGAGAAUUUCGAGUCUCUUGAUGUUGUUGAUGCGCCCACUGGCAUGGAAGAUGCUGUCACACUGAUGAGACAGUUGGCCAUCUAUGUGGGUUUCCUGGAUGGAGCGGAUGAUGGGGACGAGAACGCAACUCUGAGGUUCAUGAUGUCUGUGUUCGUCAGGUGCGCCGACAUCAGUCGCAACUGGGAAGGUUUCUCGUUCGUCAACUUGCGCGUGAACGGCAGAAUCUUCACGAGCUAUGGCGCCCAGGUGCUGCUGCAUGGGCUUCUUUAUUUAUUGACGUCAGCAACAUGCUUGCCAUCGUCGCCUGAGAGCAUAGUUGACAUUGUACUGCAAACUGCGGCAAGGCUGAACAGGAUGCUGAACACGUACCAUGUGGAAACGUUGUCAGAGGGGAAGAUUGCUCAUGCUCAGCUGAAAGAGGGUGUAAAGCCGAUGAAGGCUGCGAUUCAGAGGCACUGGGCCCUACUUCAGAGAUUGGUCAUGGCAAGCAGCGGCUGUGGACGGAUAAACUUGGUACAUGAGGGGGCAUGUGAGCUUGAGGACUUUUGUGUUGACGGUCUCCUGAGGUCUGAGCAACGUGCCACAAGGCGGUAUGCAGAUGCAGGAGAGGAGCACAGACAGCUUGAAGGCUCAGGCCUAUGGGGCUUGCAUGCUUGUAAAGGACCACAGCGAGGACUUGUGCCUGCAACGGCUUGGUUUAAUAAAGUGCAUGCUAUCUUGGGAUCGAGUCUUCCCCUUGAGCGUUACUGUGGCUGGAUGGCAAUUUCACGCUGUGUACAAGAACCUGGCUAUGAUGGUGGUUUCUCCACAGUAGACACUCAAUGGUGGACAAGCAUUUUAGGAAUCUUCAUGGAUGAGCUAGUCUCUUUUCCUCCUGUUUCAUUGCAGAGACCAGCAGGAGGAAGAAAUGAUGGUGUGGACAGCUCCAGAAGUCCUAGUCAAUCAUUGAAUAAUAGAGAUGAAGGUGAUCUUGAAAUCGGUGAAGAAGAGGACGGUGGUGGCCACGCGAUUGUUGAGGUUGUCUAUCCCGAACUUGAUGGAGCAUUCCCUCAUUUCCGUGCGGAGUUCUGCAAGUUUGCUGAGGUAAUUCUUGACUCUGUGUGCAAGAAGAUAAAAACACUCCCUUCUUCGGCACUAGCAGAUCUUCUAAGUUGGUUCCGAGAUCUCUGCCCCCUUGAGGUUUCACUUUCGAACGACAGAGCAACAGGAGAUCAGCUUCCCUGGAGGGGACAUGUCAAUUGUGCUGCAGUUCGGAGAAAUUUCUCCCGUCUUGUGAUGCGUCUUCUUGAGGAGAUUCUGUUGGAACAUGGAGAUGCAUUGGUCCCUGAAGCACCUCGUGUUCUGGAAAUUGUGCUGGCAUUGUGCAGCAGCCCUUACAGUGACUUUGGACUUGUGGAAUCAGUACUUGCUGCGCUGAGCCCUGUGCUCCGACAUGCUUCAGAGGAAAGACAGGCCAGUCACAGGAAAGACGGGUCCAUUGAAGGGAAUAUGGCAGCAUUUGAGGCUCUGUGUUUUGAUAAGUGCAUGACGUAUUUGCAAGUUGAGGCAGCAUCUCCUGAUCCAGCGCGUUCAUCAGGGCUAAUCCUUCUGUUUGCUGCGUCGUUGCUUCCAAAGCUGUCGAUCCCUAAGGCCCAGCAGCUCAUAUCAGGGCUCCGCUUAUGGUUGGAUCCAAGGGAAUGGAGCUCUGGUAGAGGCAUGAUUGUGCGUCUGCAGGCUUUUCAUCGAAUUAUGCGGCAAUGCUGCUCUCUGUUGCAGGCUCCCUUUGUGAUGAAAGCCGAUCAUCUAGAGCGCACUGGACAUCAGGACAGUGUGUCUGGUACUGUUCGGUCGUCUAACGAGCUGACUGCUGAUGGGAAACAACUAAGUGACUCAACAGAAAUGCCUUUAACCGCAGGCACCUCUGAGACAACCAGAGAGACUAUAGAGGCUGAAGGAGCUGCAGGGGAGAUGGAAACUAAUGUUGAGAGAAACAGAGGGCCAGGAAUUGACAAUGAGGAAAGCAGAAUCCAUCAGUCUGUGGUGGAGAGUGUUGAUGAAGGCGUUGAAACUCCAGACAUGAAGCAGCAUGAGAAAUCGAGUGUGUCAGUGUCUGGAGACAUGUCAGUCAAAGGGAGUGACAGUGAAUCAGUGAGUGUCAUUGCUAAGGAAGCGGAACUGGUCAGUGGUGAUGCGGCCGUCCCUAAGCAUGAGUAUCUUGGACAAGCUGAGGUCAGUUUGGAAGUCCCUGAGGAAUCGAUGUGCGUAUCCAUAACUGAGCAGUUCCAGCCAAGAAGUGAAGACGCUAACCUGAAAAUCUGGCAUGGUUUCCAGCAGGAGGUUCUGUUGCUUGUUGAUGAUCUGGCAACAGCAUUAGAAACGUCAUGGAAAUGUCAUCCAUCACUUUCUGACAAGACGGCUCGCAUGCUUGCGCUGACUGUCCUGUAUUGUGCAAGUGAGAACUGCGGUUUUCAUGAGCUCAGAAGUGAGUGCCCUGCUAGGAAAGAAGACGGCCAACCUUGGGUUAUUAGGGCACAAGAUCCCAACAGGUUGGCAGAGUUUUGGUCAGACAUGCAGCAGACGGCAGUGGAUGAGUUGCCUACCAAGCAGACGAGAACAACAUCAUUUUCGCUGAGUCAACAAGUGAUUGCAGGGGUGGAUGCAGCCCCUCCUUCGAGUGCUGGCGUGCACCUUCUCUCGAAGUUCGUCCGGGACCUUCAGAUUGAAAAGCGAUGUUGGCAGAUCGUGGGUGCAGCAAUGGAUGUACUACUCUCAGUGCCCUCAGUAGGCCAAGUCCCAGGCGCAUUGACCGAGAUAUGCAAGGCCUUACAGUAUCAAUGUCGACAAGCACCAAGAAUCUCAUGGCGUAUGCUUACCUGCAAGUGGUUGGGGACGGUGAUUCAGCGAGCAGGCCCUUCAGCAUUACUGAGAUCGGACAGCUCGUCAUUCCUUCAGCUGCUAUCAUUCAUGCUCCAGCAUGUGGAGCCAGAGCUACGUGCCGGGGCUUUGCAGCAAGUAUCUUUCCUGUGUAAUGCUGCGGAAGAGGACGGAGAUGCAGAACGGCGUAACCUAUAUGGUAAUGGGAAGAAGCGAUUAGUUGGUGAGGCUUCAGAGGCAUCCCAUAGGUCAAAUGGCACUGCAGAAGAAAUAUCAGACAAUGAUGCCGGAGAAGACCAGCACCAGGAGAUGCUUGCCACUGCUAUUGUCAGAUCUGUAUGGGAGGAGAUCUGUUCUAUUGCAAUGAAUGACCCUCUGUUUGGACUGCGCUUGCAGGCUAUUGCACUUCUUGAGAGGUUGACUGCUUUUGCAGGACCGGGCCAGUUGGAAGGCCUCCUUUCCUGCAUUGGCAAGAUUUGCCCUUCCCUAGAUUCUUCCCGUCAACACAUGCCUAUUCGUCAUCCAGAUCCUGUGCAGAGCGGAUCGUUGAAGCUCAUGGCGACUGCAAUCCUGUAUGCCAGUCCUGAGGCAGUCUCUGUUGUCCCUGAGCAAGUGUGGACAGCAAUAGAGAGCGUACGAGCAAGUAGAAAACCAGGGUUGCAUGCAGGUGUGGAUUUUUCGAUCUGUGAAGCACUGCUGAAAAUUCGAGACAAUGAAACAGAUGACGUUCAGGUUAUCAGGGAUGCCCUGGAAUCUGGGAAGGUCGAACGGCGACUGGCUAAUUUCAGUCUUCCAUCUGUUCGAGAAGCAAUCUUGCAGGUCCUGGCCCGGGUGAAUGCCGCCCGAGCAAAAGCUGAAGCUCAGGCAAAUGAGGAUUCAAUUUUAGCAGAGGAACUGGAGCGGCUAGAGCUUGAGAUGGAAGUGGCUAUGGAGGAGAGACGGCCAAAAGCUGGAAAGCAGGAGGACAUCGUUCAGGGGGACGCUGUGCUGCCAAGGGGUUCGGCCAUCAGCUCUGUGGCAGGGCCUGUGCUAGUCCCUCUCAAGAAUGGAGCUGCGGCGUCCAGAGAUAAACAUUGGGAAUCAGCAGCGCGGACACGUGUGAAGGAAAUACAAGAGCAUCUUCUGGCAGAGGAGAGGGCUGCAUUGAAGACAGAGAUUGCUGUUCGGCGUGCUCGCCAACGAUUGGCUUGGCGUGAGAGGCAGAUGGCAUUGGAGUCGUACACACUGAGAGAGACUCAGCUGCUUGCAGAACUUGACAGGGUAAGGGCCACGGAGGCAGAGAAGGAGAUAGAGAGGAAGAAAGCUCUGGAGAUGGAGCGUGCAAGGACAAGAGAGACCCGACAUAACUUGGAAAUUGAAGCUGAGAAGAGAGCACAGAGAGAGCUGGACCAACGGGAAGCCACUGCUGUUGCACCAAGACCGCGCAGAGAGUAUCCAGGCAGUACAACAGCCAGCCGCACUCGGUAUCGAGAGAGAGAACGGGAUAGCAUCCGCCCUUCAACGGGAUCUGGAGGGAGUGUGACCCCAGAAACAGGAGGUACUAAACUCACGACAUCGGCAGGAGGAAUUGUCUCGGGAACUUCAACUCCAAUUGGGAGUGUGGCAGGGGGAUCUAGUACUUCUUCAGGGUCAAGUCCCCUCAGAAGCCGAACACCAAACGCAGUACCACCUGGACCUGCGCAUAUUCUCACAGCCUCACUCAAUGCGUCUGCGUCAAGUGGGAACGUGGGGAAGUCGCUCUCAGCCCAAGCGCUGGCACAGAUUGGAAUCCGAGAACGAGAUCGGGACCGGGAUCGGGAUCGGGAUCGAGAACGGGACCGAGAACGGGAACGGGAUAGGGAACGGGAUAGGGAACGAGAUAGGGAACGAGAUAGGGAACGAGAACGGGAAAGGGAACGGGAAAGGGAAAGAGACCGUGAGAGAGACAGGGAAAGACAUGAUCAGUCUGCAGCACACUAUGAGGCACAUGAGGGUGAAGGGGGUGCUGGGGUGAGAGAUGGAGGAAGCACAGAGGGUGCUGGCUAUGGAGAAGUGGACGGAGGAGCAGGUGGAGCAAGUGGGAUUGGAGGCGAGUCAGCAAGUGGAGCUACUGCUGGUGGAGGGGCCUUCAGGGGAGGGUCCAGGCCUGUUCGAUUGCGGCAAGUGGCCGAGAGAAGAGAGAGGGAUGGCAGAAGGGAAGGGAAAUGGGAGCGCAAGCAGAAUUGAUUUCAACGAGUUUUGAUAUUUCAGCGAAGACAUCCAACCGUUUUGCAGUCUGGCAAGGAAACACUACUGUUUUGCUGUCUGAUUGAAAUGGCAUGCAUCUGGUGGGAACUCGUACGGGCGGAUUUUGGGCAGAAACUUGUUAUUAGAAGGGUGUGCGCAUUCUAGUUCUCGGCUGAAAGCUUGACGACUGCCCUCGCUGGAGCAGAACGAGAAUGGACACACUGAGAUUACACCACCUUGUACCUCAUCUUCGCCCCCCCCCCCGCCCCCCGACUAUGCCUGUGCAGUAUGGUGGGAGUUCAUUCUCUGCACCUGAGAACUGCAAGCUAAGCACCGCCAGUGUGCCUUUCCCGGCAUCGGGCUGCGCUCACAUGUGAGGUGGGUUUCUUGUUAUUGUGGGGCUCUACCACUUUUGUGUUUCAGCUUCGCACUCUCUGUGCAUCCUUCCCUGAGAACGACUGUCCAUUUCGGUGUGGUGAAAAGUCGGCUCAAAUGCCUAUCCAUUGCAACAAAUUCGACAGCAAGGA